UAAUGUUAGUGUACAUUAGCAACUGACCUUUUUUUUCUCAUAUGAAAAGAUGGAAUUAAUUAGAAAAACAUGAGAGCUAUGCUGAGAAUAGAAGAACGUCAACUUUUCAGUAAGACUGUCAAUGAAUGUUGAUGAAAAUGAGCAAUGUUCAAAUUAGAUGAAGUAAAGGAAGAAUUGCUGAAUAGAUUGGUGACAUCCAAUCUUAAACCACAACUAGUCUUUUCAGUAUUACUUACCAUGUUCAAAGGACCAAAUGAAUACACAAGCCUUAAUUUAAAGGAAUUUGGAGGACACAAAGAUGAAGUUAAUUGUGUGGCAUUUUCAAGUGAUUUUCAAAUCAUGGUGACAGGUUCUGACGAUGAAAGAGUAAGAGUUUUUAAUGCAAGAUCAUGUGAAUUUCUGUGUAAACUUCGUGGUCACACAGCUGCAGUAAAAACAGUGGCUAUUUCACCAGACAGUAAACUAAUAGCUAGUGGAUCCUUUGAUAAAACUGUCAGAAUCUGGCAGACAAAAAACACAGAAUUACUUCAUUGUUUAAAGGGUCAUACAAAGAGUGUCGAAGUUGUCUGUUUUUCACCCAAUUCAGAGCUUCUAUGUUCUGGUUCAUGGGACAGAAGUGCUAUUAUUUGGCAAGUUGAGUCUGGUUUGCCAUUUAAAAUAUUAUGUGGUCAUGAGAAUUUGGUCCAGUCUAUUGCAUUUUCGAAAGAUGGAGCAUUUAUAGCAACGGGUUCAUGGGAUUAUACAGUCAGAGUGUGGUAUAUUGAUGAUGAACAUUUCAAUAAACCAAUCAGUCGAUUUGUUUUAAAGGGGCAUAAAGGCAAUAUUCAUUCAGUUUCCAUUUCCAAAGAUAGUAUACUGGCUUCUGGUUCUUGGGACAAAACCAUUAAAUUAUGGAACAUUAGAAAUGGACAAUGUUUACAUUCCUGUGUCGGACACCAAGGCUGGAUUCAGGCAGUGACAUUUUCGUCUGAUGGUACCUAUGUUGCUAGCGCCAGUGAUGAUGAAACCGUAAGGAUCUGGGAUGUUGUAGAUGGUAAAUGUUUGAAAAUUCUAGAGGGUCAAACAGAUCAAGCUCAGCACUGUGGUUUUACACCAGGUGGUGCUUUAGUAGCAUCAGGAGCUGCCGUUACAACAUUAGCUAUUAUGUGAAAAAAUGAUAAUACCGGGGCUUAUGUCGACUUUGCAACUGGGAGCAACUGCUUUCAACCAGUUUCUAGUGUUCUUAUGUACAACUGAGGGCAAUUGAGAAAACUGAAUUUGAUUGCUCAUGUCGACUCGAAACUGAUAGCGAUUACACUUAACAUGUGACUUUUAAUUUUUUUAUCACAUAAUCAACAAAAUUGGCGAAUACAUUAGAAGAACCAAUCCCAAAGGCAUGGUCCGUCUUGUCACAGUUUUAUUUCAUUAGCCUAUUGUUAAAAUCAUCGACAGUUGUAAAGCGGAUGCCUUCAUUUGUUUUCAUUUUGCCUAUCUAUAAAGUCACAUAACACAUAUUUGUCACAUAAUGUUAUUUCCUUGGAAACGAGUUGUUGCCAGUUUUAAGAGCUUUCAUGUCGACGGCAACUAGUUGCCGCUAGUUGAAGUGAGGUGAAGAAAGUUAAAUGAAAUGAGCAACUGGCUUCAACUGAUUGGAACUAGUUGCUUUUUUAGUUGCAUUCAGUUGAAGCCAGUUGCUCCUAGUUCCUGAAAUGAAAGUUGCUCUCAAUUGUAAGGUCGAUAUAAGCCUGGCUUUACUGACUAGUUGAUAUUUAGCAGACAGUAGUUGGGAUUUAAUAGUAGGCCUAUCCAGCUUUGACAACUAACCAAUUAACCCCCACUUGAAAAAUCCCACACUACCCAACAAAAGCAAUGGGUUUUUUUUCAAAUUUCUAAAUGGAAUUUCAGUUAAUAGUAUACCUACCCAGUACAGCAAUGAAUAUAUGCCAAUGCCACGCAAAAUUAUGGAAGUCACUGUUGAAGCUUGCAGUCGCCUAACUGUUCGGGCAGCACACAGCAUGAAGAGCAUUUUUUUUUUGUUUAAACAUAGAUAGAUAAGCCUAUCACAAGGAGUUAUAAAAAUAUCUUUACACAUGACAUUUAAAAUGUAGAUCUAUAUAGGCAAACACAAAAAAAAUCAUAUUUAUGGAAUUAAUUGUUCCCUCCAUACCUGCAAUAACAACAAAGUAGCCUACCUGUUCCGAGAUAGAUUUCUCAGUUCUGUUAAUGAUAAACAACAGAAAAAAAAUCCAUUUUGAACAGUUUCCUGGAUGUACCUUCAAAGUUCUGGUGAAGUUCGAUUUAUCGUCUUCUAGUUGAAGAAAUCGCCUAAAAUAGACUUACCUCCCUUGUAAUACACUAAAAUAAAUAAUCCGCAGUAAACAUCUUCCUUCAGUAUAGAGCAGUUUGACCACCUAUAACAUUUGUUAGUUCGGUAUUAAACAGCUCAUAAGAUUUUUAUGCUCCAUUUCAAAUUCAUACCCACGAGAAAUUAUUCCUAAAAUUUCUUAAAAUGUUCAUAGAGGCUUCUUCUGUAGUCCUACAAAUUUAAAGUAGGCCUAUUGUUACUUGUGACUAAAAACGUAGGUAGAGGUUACCUACAUGAAAUAACGCUCCGAUUACAAGAAAAUAUUUUGUUACGCUCGGUGUUGCAGGUAGAGAAUGUGACUUGUAAUGGUAUUCGAGAGCAAUUUUCAAAUCCAAAACUCGCAAUUUCCGUAAAUACAUGAUUUUCUGCUAAUAUCCUAAUGUUAACGGGUCAAAUCCAGCAUUCCAUUUUAAACUCGAUACUGCAUGACAUAGAUUAAAAUAUAAGAAGUAUAUUCAUAUUAGCCUACCAUUGUUGUUAUAACUGUAUGUUAAUAAAUGAAACCAAAUGUAAUUGUUUAUUUGUGAUAUUAAAUAUAUUUAUUUACGUAUUUGUUGAUUGAAAAUAUUAAUGUAAUUAGUAUUACUAUACACGCACAGUAUUUAUUUUUUAAUUUGCUAAUCAAUAAUUUGUAAUUAUUUGUAUUAUUAUGUGUGCCAAAGAUUAAACUAGAA